UGGCUAGCUGCGUCCAUUCAUAUCCUGCGGCGCGCGGUUACUUUCAGCUUUUUUUGUACUUUUGUACUUUUUGCAAGAUGCCAUCAGAGAAGUCUGUUUUAGACCAAAUUGAGAAUGACCCGAGUACUGAUGAAAUACCAAUGGACUCCUCUUCGGACGACUCGGACUUGAUGGCUCCGACUCAUGAUGAAGACGCCUCAGACUCUGAUUACGAGCUCCCAUUUGAAACAAGCAGUGACGGAUCUGAUGAAGACUAUGAGCCCCCCUCUCAGAAAAAGGCCUCAAUAAGACGAAGUGCUGCAUGGUGGAGAUUUGAACAGAAAAGCCCCUCCCCCAAACCAGGUCCCUCUGGUGAAUCCCUGCAAGGUGCCAAGCCGUCAAUCCCGCAAACGACCAAGACAAGAAUUGAACAGAAAAGCCCCUCCCCCAAGCCAGGUCCCUUCGGUGAAUCCCUGCAAGGUACCAAGCCGUCAACCCCGCAAACAACCAAGACAAGAAGGGAACGAAAAACUCCCUCCCCCCAGCCAAGUCCCUUCGGUGAAUCCCUGCAAGGUGCCGAGCCGUCAACCCCGCAAACGACCCAGACAAGUGGUGCUUCCGACUCUGAUGAUCGCUGGAGAAACGGGAACGAGGAGGACACCGCUCCAGAAAGCCUCUGCUUCCGUCCAACUAACCCCCCUGGGCCGAUCUUGGACACCACUUCCUCUUGGACCGCUUUGCAGCUGUUUCAGCUUUUUUUUUCAUCCUCUGUUGUGAAGACGAUCAUAGACAAUACAAACCUCAACGCACAGAGGAGGAAGCUUGCUGGUGUGAAGUAUGCCUGGGAACCACUUGACAUCAAGGACUUUUACAUUUUCCUGGCAAUUCUUGUCUACACUGGCCUCUGCGGAGUUCCUGAACAGCCUGAUUACUGGAGGAAAAGCUUCCCCUAUGGUAACCCUUUUCCUGGCAACACGAUGCCCCGGGCCAGAUUUGAGGCUAUUUUGUGGUCUCUUCAUCUCAGUGACCCCUCCAAAGAUGAAGAAAAUGACCGCAAGAGAGGUACCCCAGAGUACGAUAGGCUUUUCAAGCUAAAGCCACUGUACACCGAUAUCCAGACUGCUUGCAUGGACAAUUUUCAACCGGACAAGAAUAUCUCUAUUGACGAACGGAUGGUUGCUUCAAAAGCCAAGAUUGGAAUGAAACAAUACAAUAAAGACAAGCCUACAAAAUGGGGUUAUAAACUGUUUGUUUUAGCUGACUCCACCACUGGGUACACAUGGAACUUUUCUAUCUAUUCCGGUAAAAGUGACAGUCGAUCCAAACACGGCCUGGGCUACUCCUCCGUUAUGGACCUUCUCCCGUUCGAUCAACUUGGCAGUGGCUACACUCUGUACGUGGACAACUUUUACACCAGCCCUGCUUUGUUUUUGGAGCUGAAAGAAAAGAACAUGGGAGCGUGUGGAACGAUCAGAAAACAUCUGCCUGGUUUUCCCACAACGACAGUGAACGACCUCCCAAAAAAGGCGAGGAGGGGUGAUGUUCGCUGGUUACGCAAGGACAGCCUUUUGUUUGUCAAGUGGAUGGACAAGCGGGAGGUCGCCAUGUGCUCUUCGGUGCACAAGGCAAGCAGUGGCCAAACGGUGCCCCGGAAUAUAAAAACGCAGGGUGUCUGGAGCAUAGAAAACGUCCCCGUGCCAGAUGCUGUGCUGGACUAUAACAAGAACAUGGGAGGAGUAUUAUCAGAUGCUCUUAUCGGCUUUUACACUGUCCACCAUAAGACAAUGAAGUGGUAUAAAACGCUUUUCUACCACUUUCUGGACAUCGUAAUUGUCAACAGCCACAUCCUGUACCGUGAAACUGAGAAGACACUGGCUACUGGUACAAAGAUAUUAACACAGAAGAAGUUCAGAGAAGCUUUAUGUGAGCAGCUCGUGGAGUAUGCGAAGAGCUCCGUUCCAGCCGUGCCAGUCACUCCUUCGGUCACCUGCAUGCCCACUUAUUAUCCAGGGUCGACCAGAAAGUACUGCAGGAGGUGCUUUGAUGCAGGAGAGAAGAGGGUAAAGACGGCAGUGCACUGUAGGAAAUGCCAGGUGCCUUUGUGUUUGACCUCUCAGAAGAACUGUUUUACAAUCUGGCACGAUGAAAAUCACCAAAUGUAGUCUUGAAUGUAUAUAGUGUAAAUAGUUUGAUCCAUUUUUUAAAUUCACUUUUUAUUUGUCUAAGCUGUUGCAUAAAAGAUCUUUUUUUUCCCUUGUAUUUUUUUACCUGUAUAUAUUUAUUAUUAUUAUUGGCCUGGAGUAUUCUGUGUGAAAAUGGUAUCCUGGUGGUCAAAUAAAGCCAAAACUAUUCAAAUCA